AUGCAAAUCUAUUGCUAUCAGUGUCGGCAGGUCGAGAGCAAUGGCACCUACGUCACUGGGCCGGUGAUGGCGCAGAACUUCCCAGACCCGUCAAUCGUGUACGCGGAAGGCUACUGGUGGGCGUUCGCCACCAUGGACCAGAACAUCAACAUCCAAGUCGCACGGUCAUCUGACUUCCAGGAAUGGACCUACCUCAGCGGCGUGGACGCGUUGCCAGACCCACCGAACUGGGUCAACAUGGCCACACCGAACACGUGGGCGCCGGACGUCAAUGUGCUCGACGACGGCACAUAUGUCAUGUAUUUCAGCGCAACAACUACCAAUGAUACGACCAAGCACUGCGUCGGCGCCGCGAAGUCCAGCACUGUUGAGGGCCCGUACACGCCAGUCAACGGGACUCUGGCUUGCCCGCUGGAUCAAGGCGGCGCCAUCGAUGCAUCUGGAUUCAAGGAUUGGGAGACGAGAGGCACUGGCUGGGGUCCUGGCAACGCCAUCGGCAACGGCGGUCUUUGCGGCAAUACCAUCGAGCCCAUUGUCGGCACGCCCCUCAUGCUUUUAGCCGUUGCUGCCGACGGCGUGACGCCGCAAGGCUCGCCUGUGCAGCUGCUCGACAACGCCGGUGUUUCGGACGACGGCAUCGUCGAGGCGCCUGCGCUCGUCAAGACUUAUGACGGAGAGUACGUGCUCUUCUUCAGCAGCGGCUGUUACAGCACCGACAACUACACCGUCUCCUUCGCCAUGUCCUCGGGCGGCGUCACGGGACCGUACCAACGCGCCGACGGGCCCCUGUUGAAGUCGGGUGAUGUGGAUGGCCAGCUGGUCGCGCCCGGAGGUAUGGACGUGCACUGGGAUGCGACACGUAUGGUGUUUCAUGAGCGGGAGAGCGCCGAGCCGCUCGUCAGGCAGAUGUGGGCGGCGCAGAUCAAGAUCGGCAACGGGACGGUGCAGGUAUAG